AUGGCUGCCAACGGAGCGCCAGCCGAGCCCACCAAGGUGCAGAUCUUGGGCAAAGACUCAAUUGUCGUCGACUACGGGCUCUGGCAGAGCUACGUCGCCCAAGAUCUGCUGAAAAACAUCCCCUCGUCGACGUAUGUCCUCAUCACCGACACAAACACCGGACCCCUCUACGUCCCCACGUUCGAGCGCUCCUUCGCCGCCGCGGCCGAGUCCCUUUCUUCUCCCCCGCGCCUCCUCAUACACUCGAUAGCGCCCGGCGAGAGCUCAAAGUCACGGAGCACAAAGGGCGCCGUCGAGGACUGGAUGCUGUCGCAGGGAUGCACGCGUGACACCAUCAUAAUAGCCCUGGGCGGCGGCGUGAUUGGAGAUAUGAUUGGUUUCGUAGCAGCAACGUAUAUGCGCGGCAUUAAGUUCGUGCAGGUUCCUACCACGCUGUUGGCCAUGGUGGACUCGAGCAUUGGUGGUAAGACGGCAAUCGACACACCAGCGGGCAAGAACCUGGUCGGAGCAUUCUGGCAGCCGGAGCGCAUCUACAUCGAUUUGCAAUUCCUUGAGACGCUACCGAAGCGGGAGGUCAUCAACGGCAUGGCUGAGGUGGUCAAGACGGCUGCCAUCUGGGACGAGGAGGAAUUCACAACGCUCGAAGGCAACGCGGAUACUAUCCUCGCAGCCAUGGACCAGAAAGCUGUGGAUGGACGAAGGAACCUAGACAACAUCGCUGGCAUAUUGAAAAGGAUAGUCUUGGGCUCUGUACGCGUCAAGGCCGAGGUUGUCUCAGCAGACGAACGAGAAGGUGGGCUGCGCAACCUGCUGAACUUUGGACAUUCGAUCGGCCACGCAUAUGAGGCGAUUCUCACCCCUCAAAUUCUUCACGGAGAGUGUGUUGCGAUGGGAAUGGUCAAAGAAGCCGAGUUGGCGAGAUACCUAGGCGUGCUUGACCCUUCUGCAGUUGCGCGGUUGACAAAGUGUAUCGCGAGCUACGGGCUGCCCACAUCGAUAGCAGACAAGACUGUGCGAAGACGGUCAGCGAACAAGCAUUGCCAAGUCGACGAGCUCAUCAAGAUCAUGGCAAUCGACAAGAAGAAUGCAGGCAGCAUCAAGAAGAUUGUUCUGUUGUCGGGUAUUGGUAGGACGUACGAGAAGAAGGCCAGCUCAGUUGCGGAUCACGACAUCAAAAUUGCUCUUUUCCCAAGUAUUUCUGUGCACCCUGGCGUCCCUUCUGAUUUGAGUGUCACAUGCACGCCCCCUGGAUCGAAGAGUAUUUCAAAUCGCGUGCUCGUCCUUGCCGCGCUUGGAACUGGAUCGUGCCGAAUCACCAACCUGCUACAUUCUGACGAUACGCAAGUCAUGCUCGACGCGCUUGCGAAGAUGCAGGGUGCUACAUUCUCAUGGGAGAACGACGGCAAGGAGUUAGUGGUAACAGGCAACGGCGGUAAUCUCAAGGCCACAAGUACCGAGCUCUACCUUGGGAACGCUGGCACGGCGGCACGAUUCUUGACUUCUGUGACUUCGCUCGCGCAACCUGUGAACGGCAUCACGUCAACAACUAUCACCGGUAACGCUCGAAUGAAAGAGCGUCCGAUUGGGCCACUUGUCAAAUCCCUUCUCACUAUGGGCAUCGAUGUCACGUAUCGAGAGAAGGAAGGCAGUUUGCCCUUGCGUAUCUCGGCAUGUGCAGGAUUUGGUGCCAGUAGGGGCGAGCGCGAAUUUUCGGGCGACAUCGAGCUCACAGCCAACGUAUCCUCGCAAUACGUGUCUUCCAUCCUGUUGAGCGCACCCUACUCCAAGAAGCCAGUCACUCUAAGACUAGUUGGCGGUAAGGUAAUCUCACAGCCCUAUAUCGACAUGACUAUCGCUAUGAUGGCUUCAUUCGGUGUAAAAGUGGAGAGAUCAGAAUCCGAUCCAAACACGUACCACAUCCCCAAUAAGCCUUACACGAACCCCUCAGAGUACGUGGUUGAAAGCGACGCCAGCUCCGCAACUUACCCACUUGCUAUCGCAGCCAUCACCGGCACAACGUGCACGGUACCCAAUAUCGGAUCCGGCUCUCUCCAAGGAGAUGCUCGCUUUGCGAUCGACGUACUGAGGCCUAUGGGUUGUAAGGUUGAGCAAUCGGAGUCAUCAACAACCGUAACCGGCCCACCGAGAGGAGAGCUCAAGGCGGUCAAAGAGAUCGACAUGGAGCCAAUGACCGAUGCUUUCCUCACUGCAUCCGUCCUCGCGGCAGUAGCAUCUUCGAAUGGCACGUCGACCACUACACGCAUCUACGGUAUUGCAAACCAACGCGUCAAAGAAUGUAAUCGUAUCCAGGCAAUGGAAGAUGAGCUUGCCAAGUUUGGUGUGACCUGUAGGCAGUUUGAGGACGGCAUCGAAGUUGACGGACGAGGAUAUCAGCUUGAUGCUCCCACGGCCGGCAUUCAUUGUUAUGACGACCACCGUGUCGCUAUGAGUUUUGCUGUACUUUCCCUUGUUGCUCCAAAACCAGUGCUUAUCCUCGAAAAGGAGUGCACAGGCAAAACGUGGCCUGGCUAUUGGGACUCUUUGCACCAGAUCUUCAAAGCUCAGCUCGAAGGCGUAGAGGUGGCAAUUACGUCGCAUGAUAACAACCGUGCUACCAAGGCGCAGCAGAAAUCCAUCUUCAUCAUCGGCAUGCGAGGUGCUGGCAAAACGACGAGUGGUGGCUGGGCGGCGCGCAUCCUGGGACGACCGCUGGUCGACCUUGAUACGGCGCUCGAAGAGCAUCUUGGCAUGUCGAUUCCAGAAAUCAUCAAGACCUCGGGCUGGAGUGGCUUCCGAGAGGAGGAACUCAAGCUCUUACAGAAGACUGUCAAAGAGAAACCGACGGGCCAUAUCUUCGCUUGUGGUGGCGGUAUUGUCGAAUCACCAGUGGCGCGCAAGAUUUUCAUCGAAUACCAAAAGAACGGUGGCGUUGUUCUCCUCGUCACUCGAGAUAUUAUCAAAGUUGUUGAGUUCCUCCAGAUCGACAAGACACGACCGGCAUACGUGGACGAUAUCAUGGGUGUAUGGCUGCGUCGCAAGUCGUGGUAUGUGGAGUGCAGUAACUAUCAGUUCAACAGUCAGAUUGUAGAGCCCAUAGGGUUAAACAGACCUCUAGAGGAGUUUGCACGCUACUUGAACACUAUCACUGGUAGACACUCUGCACUGAAGGCGAUCAGGAAGAAAAAGCAGUCGUUCUUCGUCUGCUUGUCUGCGCCACAUCUCCAGCCCUGCAUUCAGACACUACCAGAGAUGGUGGUCGGAGCGGAUGCAGUCGAGCUUAGAAUUGAUCUGCUUGAAGAUCCUGAGUCACCUGAAGGCAUGCCUUCCCCGGAGUUUGUCACUGACCAGUUGACACUAUUGCGGACAGCGACGCCGACACCAGUCAUAUUCACGCUGCGCACGAAGGCUCAAGGCGGCAAGUUCCCCGACGAUGCAUACGAGCAAGCCCGAGAACUGUAUCGAUUGGCAUUACGGCAAGGCUGUGAGUUCCUAGAUCUGGAGAUGACGAUGCCUGAAGAUAUCCUCCGUGAAAUGGCCGAAACCCGGGGCUUUACAAGCAUCAUCGCCAGCCAUCACGACCCGAACAACGAGCUCAGCUGGAGCAAUGGGUCGUGGAUACAAUACUACAACCGUGCUGUCCAGUAUGGAGACGUCAUCAAGCUUGUUGGUGUUGCUCAAUCAAUCCAAGACAACUACGCACUCGCGGAGUUCAAGAGCUGGGCAGAUACAGCACACCCCAUUCCACUCAUUGCUAUCAACAUGGGCGAACACGGCAAGAUGAGCCGGAUAUUGAACGGAUUUAUGACUCCUGUCUCGCAUCCUCUGCUCCCUUCUGCCACUGCACCAGGCCAGCUUUCCGCUGCUGAUAUUUGCCGUGGCCUGACGCUGAUGGGCGAGAUUUCCGCGAAGAAAUUUUUCAUCUUCGGAUCGCCUGUCCAGCAAAGUCCCAGCCCACGUCUGCACAACCGCCUCUUUCGCGAAGCGGGGUUGCCGCACAACUACGGCCGCCAUGAGACAACCGAUGCCAGUUCGAUCCGCGAUAUCAUCCGCGCCCCAGACUUUGGUGGCGCCAGCGUAACGAUCCCUUUGAAGCAAGAUGUUCGCCCCUUGCUCGAUGGUGUAGGCCCCGAAAUCGACGCCAUCGGCGCGCUCAACACCAUUGUUCCCGAGACUACUUUCGACGAAGCAACCGGCAAACACGUCACCCGCCUCAUCGGUCGCAACACAGACUACCUCGGCAUGAUUCUCAUUCUGCGCAAUGCAGGUGCGCAUUCCAAGACUAAGCAAUCUGGCCUCGUCAUUGGCGGCGGCGGCACAAGUCGAGCAGCUAUCUUCGCCCUACGUGAGAUGGGAUACAGUCCCAUCUACCUUCUCGGCCGCAACAGCAAGAAGAUGGAGGCACUAAGGCAGGAUUUCCCCGAGGAAUACGAUUUGCAUGUCAUCUCAUCGCCGGAGUAUGUUCAAGAAAUUGAGCUUUUGCCCAGUGUGGCUAUUGGGACGGUUCCGGCGGACAAACCGCUUGACUCGAGCAUCAGGGAGUCGCUUUGUGUGCUGUUUGACAUUGCGAAGACGAAGAAGCAGGAUGGUGAGCGUAUCCUCCUGGAGAUGGCAUACAAACCGCCAGUCACUGCUUUGCUGCAGUUGGGUAUAGAUGCGGGCUGGAACUGCGUCAAUGGACUGGAGGUACUAGUCGGACAAGGCGUUCAUCAGUUCGAGUACUGGACUGGCAUCAAGCCACUGUAUUCGCUUGCUAGGGAUGUUGUUUUGAACGACGCGUAGGAAUACGAGACGAAGGCUUGGACAUGAUGUGUUCUGGAGUAUGGUCAGUCUAACACGCCCGAAUUCUAUACGGGCUUGAUGUCAGCGAGUCAAAAGAAGCCAGGAAUCUUGCCGAUUCAAAAGUCAUUUUUUGCGACCUUUUGCCCGCUGCAAGCAUGAAUUGGGAAAAUUUCACAAAGUGGAGUAUAUAGCUUUUACCAUCAUUUAUCUUCUCCACUCUCGCAAUCAAUAUUCUCAGUGCAUCCCAG